AUGUUCAAUCCAAAUAAUUUGAAUGGACUUGACAUUGGCAAGGAAGUUGAUCAGAAUAAAAAAAGAAUCAUCGCGCAGCAAGCAAUGAAUGUCGUCGAAAAUAACGAAAUCAUGAAGAUCUGGAGUGACUUUGCGAAUUUCACAACAUCGCACGGCAUUCCACACAUUGACCACGCCAGAGGGAGAAUAAGAAAGGUUUUGUGGACGGUACUAACGUUAAUAUGUUUGGGUAUGUUGGUUGUCAACAUGAAGGAACUAUGCAACAAGUAUUUAGACUUUGAAGUUGAUAUGAAAUUUAGCGUCCAGCACAACCUCCCCCUGCUAUUUCCAGCUGUGACGAUAUGCAACAACAACCCGAUGAAAAAAUCGAAAAUUCCAGAAAUUAAAGAUUUAAAUGAAUCUAUUAUUAAUUAUCACAAAAAGAUUGAAGCCUUGAAGUGUUCCGUGAAUGAUUCUUAUCUAUCGAAACCGCCACCUAGUUCAAACAACACAAAAUGUAUUCCAACCAGUGGAAACAACAAAAAUGAGAAAAUUGAUUUCAAGAUGAGGAAUCUCGCCGGCGAAAUUUAUUACGAAAUGCGAAACUCUGCCCAAUUUUAUCACAUCGGUCACACCAUUGAUGAUUUGAUUGUAGACUGUCAAUUUUCUGGGAAAUACUGCUUUGGAGAGUUCACCCACAUGUACAGCGCGCGAUAUGGGAAUUGUUUUACGUUCAAUUCAGCUGAAGAUGGGAAGUAUCUUAAAACAAUAAACAAUUCUGGACCAAACAACGGACUUCUAAUAACAUUCAACGUGGAGCAAGAUGAAUACAUCGGUGAGAUUACGCAAUACGCAGGAUUGAGAGUGGUGGUUCAUCAUCCGAGGAAUAUGCCUUUCCCGGAUGAUGAGGGCAUCCUUCUGGCUCCAAACGCUCUCACCCAUAUCGGAAUUCAACUGGUUUAA